ACGCACGAACGCCUGUGGCAUAUUUUAGGUCGCCAUUUUAACGAGUAAUUGUUUGCAUACGACAUACUUUUUUGUUUGCAGGUGAUUCAGAAAGAGAUAUUUUCACGCCAUGGCACCACCUAAACCUGAUCCAGCCUAUGAUGCAAUGCUAAGGGCAUUCGAAGCCGGUGCACGCGGUCAGCAGACCACAGUAAAUAAUAAUUAUUUCUUGGACAACAGCACCAGGAUAGGUCACUACGCCCCUAGCUCCACGACCUGGACAGCCCCACAGCCCCAGAACUACGCGCCCCAGAACUAUCAACUCCAGAGCUACCCGUUGCAGAGCUACUAUUAUUCCCAGCAGGGUUACUCCAACAACCUAUAUCCACCCAUCUGCCCCCCUGGCCAAAUCUUGCCCCAAUAUGUGGACAACCGCAACGGCAUGGCCGUACCAUACACCACGCCGCCUAUCUUCAUGCCUGGGACCGCCCCACCGCCCAGCUUCCCGCCCCCCGUCUUCUGGCCCCCACAGGGCUGCCCCAGCAGGGUUACUACAAUAAUUAUUCUCCAGCCUCCCCCUUCUAGACGUGAACAACCGCACCGGCAACCGCACCGUCGGAUGACACACCACACACCUCACGACCAAUCAAUCACGGACAGAAAUCACGACUUGCCACGCCCUCGGUCAGGCGCCAUGCAGUGCGUGGCCAAGACAGUACAAUAUGUUUUCAUUCUAGAAUUACGCCCCCUUUAAGAGCACUUGUGUGUGUGUGUGUGUCCCGAAAAUUAUGCCGACCGAUAUUUCGUUCAGUGGGGGAAGGGGGGG